GUUUGUUGACUCAGUCGGAGCUCGGGAUAGCCCGGAGCGGUCACUGGCAAAGUAGCUAGCACUCAGUCAUAGUUUGAGCUGCCUAGUCGAAAAAUUAUUCCAGCUAUGUAGUUUUAUGUGGAAUAACCGUUCGAGCUGGAGAAGAGGCCGGUUGGCAAGCGAAUUUCGUGUUACCGGGACCGCUUAUAAACGAGAUUUGCGUCAGUUAGCCUUAGCAUAAAUUAAAAGAUUGACGCGAUAAAAAACGGCUGAAGUUCCCCUGUGGGGGAGUGAGAUGGCUAAAGCUAGGCUGACCAGAGGUAGCUUUAAUUAGCCGGAGUCCGCUGGCGAGCCGUGUGAGGCAUGGGGUCGUUGAUCUCUCUACACGAAUCCAGACCGUAAAUAAAUCGGUGAGUUUAUUCGGUAAGCGUAAAAAAAAAAAAGAGACGGCAGCGGUAUCUCGGCGCUGCUGGGAAGCUCUCCGGUCCAGGCUUCGCCGCUGGCCUUGGAAGUUAGCAGACGGCUAACAGCUGCACGUCUGCCUAUCCAGCAGGGUACAUGUUGCUGAUGGCUUCCCCGCCAGCUAUGGACACUGUGACGGACUCUUGCCCCACGGUGCACCAAAACGGGACCGCCCAUCGAGAAUCUUCGCACACAAUACCAGCUGCGCCUGUUCUGAGGCUCCAUUUCUACCACAACAGUCAGGGAGCAGGCGACGGCAGCCUUCUCAGUUACCCACCUGGGGACUACGUGGCUGAGGAGCUUUGCAUAGAUGCAGCCAAGGCGUGUUGUAUAUCACCGCUGUACUACAGCCUUUUUAGCCUUUUUCGAGAACGAGACAACAUAUGGUUUCCUCCUAAUCACAUCUUCCAGCUUGAUGAAUCGGCCUCUGAAGAUCUCUUUUUCAGAAUACGGUACUAUUUCCCUGGCUGGUACAGUAGUGGUGCUUCGCGGGCAUAUCGAUAUGGGGUCAAAAAGGGGUCAGAAAGCCCCGUUCUCGAUGAUUAUGUUAUGUCCUACCUCUUCUCUCAGUGGAGGAAUGACUUUGUGAAUGGAGUGGUGAAGAUUUCCAACUCGCAUGAGUCACAGGAAGAGUGCCUUGGUAUGGCUGUGCUGGACAUGACAAGAACAGCUAAGGAGAGACAGAUGUCCCCUUUGGACAUCUAUCACAGUACAAGUUACAAGUCCUUCUUACCAAAGGAAAUGAGAAAUCAGAUCAAGGACUGUAGUUUUUUAACUCGAAAGAGGAUCCGCUUCCGUUUCAAGCGCUUCAUCCAGCAGUUCAGUCAGUGCCGGACCACCGUCCGCGAUCUGAAGCUCAAGUACCUCAUCAGCAUCGAGUCGCUGGAGAAAGCCUUCUACACAGAGACCUUUCAGGUCAAAGAACCGGCUAGCGGACAACUCAUCAUCCUGGUUGCUGCAGACACUGGGAUACAGUGGUGUCGAGAGAAAUUAAAAGACUCUGAUGAGGAGCUGCAAACAUUGUGUGACUUCCCUGAUGUCACCGACAUCAGCAUCAAACAGGCCAGCAAAGACGGCAUGACAGAGAGCCGGCUGGUCACCAUCAAUAAGCAGGAUGGGAAGAAUCUGGAGCUGGAGUUUCCCAGUCUGUUUGAAGCCCUUUCAUUUGUGUCCCUCAUUGAUGGCUACUAUCGACUGACCACAGAUGCUCAUCACUACCUUUGCAAGGAGGUGGCACCUCCCAGGCUUGUCGAGGCCAUAUCUUGUCAUUGCCACGGCCCCAUUUCAAUGGAGUUUGCUGUCAGCCGGCUUCAAAAGUGUGGAAACAAGCGGGGAUUGUACAUUUUGAGAUGUAGCCCAAAAGACUUCAAUAAGUAUUUUCUAACUUUCCCGGUGGAGGUGUUCGACACGGUGGAUUACAAGCACUGCCAGAUCACCAGGUCUGCUGCUGGCGAGUUUAACCUCAGUGGAACCAAGAGAAGCUUCAGCACCUUGCAGGAGUUGCUAAGCUGCUACCAGAAAGAAACGGUGCGCUCGGACGACAUCAUUUUCCAGUUUAGCAAGUGCUGUCCUCCCGAGUCCAAAGAAAAAUCCUGCCUCAUCAUCUGCAGGAGCAACAAGGGUUCAGAAGUGCCUCUGUCUCCGUCUCUGCAACGGCACAACAUUAGUCAGAUGGUGUUUCACAAGAUCAGGAAAGAAGACUUGGAAUGUGUGGAGAGUCUUGGUCAAGGGACAUUUACAAAGAUCUUCAAAGGGGUCCGAAAGGAGCUGGGAGACUACGGACAAAUGCAUGAGACAGAAGUCGUGAUGAAAGUUCUGGACGUGGCCCACAGAAAUUAUGCUGAGUCUUUCUUUGAAGCAGCCAGCAUGAUGAGCCAGCUAUCCCAUAAACACCUGAUCCUGAACUAUGGUGUGUGUGUCUGUGGAGAAGAGAACAUCAUGGUGCAGGAGUAUGUAAGGUUUGGUUCCCUGGACACCUACCUGAAGAAGAACAAGAACUCUAUAAACAUUCUGUGGAAACUCGAAGUCGCAAAACAGCUUGCCUGGGCCAUGAACUUUCUGGAGGAAAAGCAUCUCGUCCAUGGGAAUGUUUGUGCCAAAAACAUUCUGCUGAUCAGGGAGGAGGAUCGGAAAGCCGGGAACCCCCCGUUCAUCAAGCUUAGUGACCCCGGUAUCAGCGUCACGGUCCUGCCUAAAGAGAUCCUGAUUGAAAGGAUCCCCUGGGUGCCACCUGAAUACAUAAAGGAGCCUGUGAAACUGAGCCAGGCUGCAGACAAGUGGAGCUUUGGCACCACAUUGUGGGAAAUCUGCAGCGGUGGAGAGAAACCUCUUGCGAUGCUGGACAACUCAAAGAAAGUGCUGUUCUACAACGAUCACCAACAUCUUCCUGCGCCAAAGUGGACAGAACUGGCUAACCUGAUCACCGCCUGCAUGGAUUACGAGCCCACGUUCAGACCCACGUUCAGGGCGGUCAUCCGUGACCUUCACAGCCUCUUCACACCAGACUACGAGUUGAUCAUGGAUGACAUCCUGCCAAACCGAACAACGGGUGCUGGUUGGACGUCUGGUGGACUUGAGAGUCAGGAGCCAGCUCUGUUCGAGGAACGGCAUCUUAUAUUUUUACAGUUGCUCGGCAAGGGAAACUUUGGCAGUGUGGAGAUGUGUCGCUAUGACCCUCUUCAGGACAACACGGGAGAGGUGGUCGCUGUGAAGAAACUCCAGCACAGCACAGCGGAGCACAUGCGAGACUUUGAGCGGGAGAUUGAAAUUCUGAAGUCUCUCCAGCAUGAGAAUAUCGUCAAGUAUAAGGGUGUUUGUUACAGCGCAGGCCGACGAAACCUUCGCCUCAUCAUGGAGUAUCUUCCCUUCGGAAGCCUCAGAGAUUACCUCAUAAAAAACACGGAGCGAAUCGACCAUAAAAAGCUGGUCCAUUACGCCUCUCAGAUCUGCAAGGGAAUGGAGUACCUGUCGAGUAAGCGAUACAUCCACAGAGACCUGGCGACGCGGAACGUCCUUGUUGAGAGUGAGCUCAGAGUAAAAAUUGGAGAUUUUGGCCUCACCAAAGUUCUGCCUCAGGACAAAGAGUAUUAUAUGGUCCAAGAGCCAGGAGAGAGCCCCAUAUUCUGGUAUGCCCCUGAAUCAUUAACAGAGAGCAAGUUCUCUGUGGCUUCAGACGUCUGGAGCUUCGGAGUGGUGUUGUAUGAGCUCUUCACCCACAGCGACAAAAACUCCAGCCCGCCUGCUGUUUUUAUGUCAAUGAUGGGUAACGAUAAGCAGGGCCAGCUGAUCGUCUAUCACCUCAUUGAGCUCCUAAAGUCAGGCAGCAGGCUGCCUCAGCCCCUGGGUUGUCCUUCAGAGAUAUAUGAGAUCAUGGAGGAGUGUUGGGACAAAGACCCAACCCUGCGUCCGUCUUUUAAUGAGCUGGCUCUGCGCAUCGACCUGAUCAGGGACAGCGAGGAGCUUUAAAAAUCAAGUGCCCCCACCUAACUUUGCACCAAGACACUUGAAGAAACACUAUUGGCCUGAUCGUGGCUGAAGGAUGAAGACCAAAGCAAAGGAGCCUCUGCCAACACGUGGCAGAGCCGCGUGACCUGAAAUAUCGGUGAUUUGGGAUGAGGAUCUGAUCGGGAACUACUGCCAACGUGCCUUCAAGCAAGGCACUUUUCUAAUGUGGAGCGGCUCGGUGAGCCUGCAGCACGUCGGAAAUCUUUGGUUGGUUAAACUUUAAAAUUGGGGCGUUGCUGAAAAAAAGGCAACUGUGUUUGGUCAAUAUUUUAAAAGAAGACUUGCAGCGCCUAUGUAGACUGUGACAAGACUGUUGCCAGACCUAAAGCUAGAGAUGCUGGUGGUUCUCUGUCUGUUUGUGUGUUUGUUUCGUCUGUGUGUGCAUGUGCAUGUGCAUGCAAGGUCCGUACGGCUAGCUGGGCUAGCUUUUGCUAUCUCCUUUUCUCUCACCGGAGAAGAAGUGGGCUGAUAGCUUCUUUUUUUCUUUUUUUUUUUUAUAUAUAUAUAUUUGUGUGUUUAACUGUAUUAUAGCUGUAAUAUUAUGUACAUAUGUCCAGAAAGAUUUUAUAAUUUUAUAAAUAUAAAUAAUGUUAACACUAUAUUUGAGAUGCCAGCAACUGCCAUUGUAAAAUAUGUGCAUACAAAGGUGAUUUUAAAAAUCUGUCAUUGUUUUCAUUGUGAGAGAUGGCGUGAAGAAAAUAAAGAGGAUGUCUGUGAAGAAA